AUGUCAAAACGCACGGCUACGGAGCUUCAACAUACCUCAGGGAACGACUCCGGAUCAAGAAAGACGCCACGAGCAGCCGAGCAACGGGAGAGGACCGUACCUGAAGAUGAGAUCGGUGAAUUUGAAGACGGGUGGGAGGACGAGUACGAAAGCGACGAGGACGUAAUAGAUGGAGCAGAGAAGGAGGAUGAUGAUGAUGGAAUGGACGUCGACGGGGUUAUGCCUGCUAUUGAAGAAUCCGAUGAGACACCCGCUGCGCCGAACGUCUUCAUCCCAGGAGUGCACAAGCUAGAAAAAGACGAAAUACUUGAAGCCGACGAUACUGUCUACCUUAUGCGACAUUCCAUGAACGUGAAUUGGCCUUGUCUCUCCUUCGAUGUUUUGCGGGACAACCUUGGAGACCAACGGCAACGAUUCCCCGCCACAGCAUACAUCGUAGCCGGAACUCAAGCAGAUGUCGCAAAAAAUAAUGAGCUGUCCGUAUACAAGAUGAGCUCUCUACACCGGACACAAAAGGAUACCGAUGACUCGGAUUCCGACAACGACGACGACGACGACGAGGCGCUGGAUGAGGACCCCAUCCUUGAGUUCCGGUCUGUCCCUCACCUCGGGGGUGUCAACCGUGUUCGCGCGCAACCACUUCCCUCUUCCUCAGCACUUCCCCCAGCAUCGCAGCCGUAUUACGUAGCCAGCUGGGCAGAAACGGGGAAGGUACACAUUUGGGAUGUGCGACCGCUAAUUGAAGCCUUGGAUGUCCCAGGCUAUUCACCCGACAAAUCACGAACGCAUUCCCCCGCGUUCACUAUCAACUCACAUGCCCGCACAGAAGGCUUCGCAAUGGAUUGGGCAUCCUCCGGAGGGGCAAGCCCAUCGGCAUUGCGUCUGCUCACCGGCGACAUCCAUGCGAAGAUAUACCUCACUACAACGACGCCUUCUGGCUUCAAUGCGCUUUCCCAGCCCUUCCUUUCGCAUACAUCGAGUGUGGAGGACUUGCAAUGGAGCCCCUCGGAAGCCACCGUGUUCGCAUCGUGCUCUGCGGAUCAGAGUAUUCAAAUUUGGGAUGUUAGAAGCAAAGGCAGGAAGAGCGUUGCGGGCAUUGAGCGGGCACACGAGUCCGACGUGAACGUCAUCAGCUGGAACCGCGCGACGUCAUACCUGCUGCUAAGCGGCGGAGACGAGGGUGGCGUCAAGGUCUGGGACCUGCGUAACGUCGCGAAAAAAGGGGCGUCCACUCCUGAUCCUACUCCGGCUGCCACCUUCGCCUGGCAUCGCGCCCCCAUCACGUCAAUUGAAUGGCAUCCCACGGAAGACUCCAUUUUUGCUGCAUCUGGAGCGGACGAUCAGGUCACCCUCUGGGAUUUGGCGGUUGAGCAGGACGAUGAUGAAACUGGCGCCAUGGACGAGACCCCUGAAGGUGGCCGGGAUGUGCCUCCGCAGUUAUUGUUCGUCCACCAGGGUCAGAGCGAUGUCAAGGAGGUGCAUUGGCACCCACAGAUACCGGGCGCCGUGAUUAGCACUGCAUUGGACGGGUUCAACAUAUUCAAGACUAUUUCUGUAUAA